GAGUCAUACGAAAGCUCCACUCUGCUGACCUCUGGCAAAAAAGGGAGUGAAUGAGGACAGGAGAGGCGGAUGGGGAGAGGUUCAAGUGCGGGUUUUCCCUUGAACCUGGACUAUUAUGGGUCAGGAGCUGUGUGCAAAGAGGCUACAGCCAGGAUGCAGUUGCUACCACCAUUCGGAGAGAGGGGAGGCGCACAGCUGUCAGAGAAGCCAGCCUGGGAGCACCGAGGCUGCUGUGCUCGAGCUAACAGACAUAAAAGGAGCAACUUGUUCCAAGUCUUCAUUUCACCCCACGGGACUCCAGGCCCCUGGUGGCCAGAAGCUGGAGAGCAAAAGGCCACGGAGUAACAGUGACUCUUUUCAGGAAGAGAAUCUGAGGCAGGGCUUGCCAUGGCAGAAGAAGAGCCUCCCUUUUGGGGCAGCCUCGUCUUAUUUGAACUUGGAGAAGCUGGGUGAAGGUUCUUAUGCUACAGUUUACAAGGGGAUUAGCAGGAUAAAUGGACAACUAGUAGCUCUAAAGGUGAUCAGCAUGAACGCUGAGGAGGGUGUGCCUUUCACAGCCAUCCGGGAAGCCUCCCUCCUGAAGGGUUUGAAGCAUGCCAACAUUGUCCUCUUGCACGACAUUGUGCACACCAAAGAGACUCUGACAUUCGUAUUUGAGUACAUGCACACAGAUCUGGCCCAGUACAUGUCUCAGCAUCCCGGAGGCCUUCAUCCUCACAAUGUCAGGCUUUUCAUGUUUCAACUUCUGCGAGGCCUGGCAUACAUCCACCACCAGCAUGUUCUUCACAGGGAUCUGAAGCCUCAGAACUUGCUCAUCAGUCACCUGGGAGAGCUCAAAUUGGCUGACUUUGGUCUUGCUCGAGCCAAGUCCAUCCCCAGCCAGACAUAUUCUUCAGAAGUGGUGACACUCUGGUACCGGCCACCUGAUGCCUUGCUGGGAGCCACUGAUUACUCCUCUGAGCUGGACAUAUGGGGCGCAGGCUGCAUCUUUAUUGAAAUGUUCCAGGGUCAACCUUUGUUUCCUGGGGUUUCCAACAUCCUGGAACAGCUGGAGAAGAUCUGGGAGGUACUAGGAGUCCCUACAGAGGACACCUGGCCUGGAGUCUCCAAGCUGCCUAACUACAAUCCAGAGUGGUUCCCGCUGCCUAAGCCUCAAAGCCUGCAGAUUGUCUGGAGCAGGCUAGGUGGGGUUCCUGAAGCUGAAGACCUGGCCUCCCAGAUGCUAAAAGGUUUCCCUAGGGACCGCGUGUCAGCACAGGAAGCACUUGUUCAUGAUUAUUUCAGUGUCCUGCCAUCCCAAUUGUACCAGCUUCCUGAUGAAGAGUCUUUGUUUGCAGUUUCAGGAGUGAAGCUAAAGCCAGAAAUGUGUGACCUUUCAGCCUCCUACAGGAAAAGUCACUACCUCGCUGGGUUUAACAAAUGUUGGUGAAAAGAAAAGGUGGGGUCAUCCAGAUCUUUGCAGGACUGUUUGGUUGUGUCAGCUUACUGCGAAGCUUCGUGCCCUAUUCCAUUCCAGACCGGAGGUCUUUAUUCUCUCUCCUGUCACCUGGGAUAUUUAAAAUAUGAUGUUCAAGGCAAAGAUAUAAUACAUGAAGAGAAUGCAAUGGAAGGCUAUUGCUGCUAUUGUUACCUAAACAAACAGCCGUGAGCCUGUGGCGUGAGAAGAGUCCUUCAGAACAGUUUCAACCAUUUGGAAAAUUCCCUGGGCCAACAGUUCCAUUUCUUUACAGGAUAGAUUGAGAGACAGGCAUCUGGAAAAUUCUGGAGCCGGAGCUGGUGCUUGCUGAGGCCUGCCACACUUGUUUUCCUUGUAACUCCUCCCAACCCAAAGACUUCCGUGACAGGGGAGGAUUAGUGUAGCUUAGAGAGGUCUCCAAGGAAGGUGGUCUCUUGGAUAAAGUUGUCAACGGAUAGACUUGCUUGGGACUAUUUGUGAUGAUCCCCAGGGAUGUGUUUCUCCCUUCUUGACUGGCUAUCGGGAUGCAUCACUACUUUAGUCCUCCCAGAUUUUAGGAGGCCACACUGAGCUGCUAGCUAGAGUUGAGUUUCAGUCUAUCACCUGCUACCGAGUCCUAAUUGUCUGCAGUGAUGGCAAAAGCAAUGAGGAACCUAAGCUUCCACUGAUGGUGCAGACACUAGAGUUCCAGAGAUGUAACUCAAGCUCUGUGGCAUCACAAGACAUACGUGCACAUACAGCACCCUCAGCAGGAGACACUGCUGACACUUGUGCCUCCUGAGGAUGCCUGGAAAACUCAAAUUACUUCAUCAAGGAGACAUCUCAUGAAAUAUAGUAGCCUAGAAACCAGAGACCACAAUGUAUCCUUUAGAAGAAGGAACCAAUUAAGAGAGAAUUUUAAAAUGGUAACUGUCCAACCAGUGUCUGAGAUGAAAGAAAGGAAAAAAAUACAUGCAGAUAGACCCCCAAAAAAGCUGCCUUUGUGUAUAUUAGCAAGCAACUGGACAAAGUCUGCCCACCGCACCUGCAAGAUGAAACAGUGUGGGCUGGACGGGGCUGGCAGAAUAUGUGUGCAAAGAACAGAUCUUAUUCAACCUAGGGGAAAUGCCAGUUGUGUGGUAUGGUAAAGGAUUCAGACGUCAGUCCUGUUCUGGUCAAGGAUUUUUGUUGAUUGCUUGAAUAAAUCAGAGAAAAUACAUAACUUACUCAUACAACUCACUGGGGGGGGCACUAUUAUUAUUCUGCUGUAUACAUGGAAACUGAGACUCGGCACUUGAGUAAUUUCUCUAAGGCAGCUGCCGGAGUUCAAGUGCGAAGCUGGGGUCUAACUGUAUCGAGCGUCUGAGGUCUUUCUUGUAAGCACAGCUCUAUCAGACUUGUAGACUGUUCUACUGUUGAAGAGGCAACUGAUGUUUCAGGUUGGAUCAUGACUCAGAGAACUCAGCAGCAAGUCAAAACAAUACUUAUACCUAGCAGUUUUUAAUCCCAUUUAAAUUCUUACACAUUGGCCUUAAAAUGCCUCCAACUUAAGUAAGGCUAUGACUUAGUGGAAAGUGGUUCUUGUAAGUACAAGGUGAAUUAAUUAUAUAAUCUAUCAACCUAAGACAAGACGAUGCCCCACAAGAAGAAGGAGCAGCUUAUGCUCUGAUCUGGGCACAUUUAAAUGAGGAAACUCCACGUAUCACAUACAACACCCUAAAGGAAGCAUCAUGUGAAACAGAUGUGUUCUGUGCACCUAUUAGUUUGCAGAUAUAAUCUUCCAUAAUCUUCUUAACAAUACUAAGACAUGGUAGAGUUUACGGAGAAUCAGGUAUAAGUAGCUAGGAUUUGAUGCACAAACUCUGUCCCCAAAGCCUGGGCUUUCCCCACCACACCUCCAAUUCUGCUGCAUGCUACCAGGACAAGCCACAUGGAGGAACAGCUGUAAGAGAAAGCCAGAGACACUCCUUCCGGGGGUAGGCUGUCCCAAAGCAAAGGAGCUGGUUGGAUGCUGGGCCACUGCGUGGUUGGCACAGACUGCUGCUGCUUUGGGAGACUCAGGAAGACACACCAACCCACGAACAUGGACUGAGGGCCCUCAGCUGACUUACCAACCCAUGAACAAGGACUGAGGGCCCUCAGCUGACUUACCUGCCCAUGAACACAGACUGAGUCCCCACCAGAGUGGUGACCUCCUCUGCCUCCUGGAUGAUGCGGAGAGUGACAGCCAAGAUUCCUAGUUGGAAGUUAGAACAGCUAGUCUUUCAGAUUCUUGAGCAUGACCCCUGAAGAGCUGUGACAGAUCGCACGGGGGCGGGGGGGGGUGUGUUUCUAUAAGAUCCUGUUGCUGCAAAAAUAGGUGGAAUUGUUUUAUUUUCUGAUGGGGAAUGUCCUUCUGUAUAUAUGUUUCUCUUAUUGGUUGAUGAAUAAAACACUGAUUGGCCAGUAGCCAAGCAGAUGAGGCCAGGAGAUGAGAAUUCUGGGGAGAGGACACAGAGAGGCAGCAAAGGAGACACCAUGCUGCCUAAGGAGUAACAUGCUGGAUUAGGGGUAACCCUCAGCCUUGUAGCAGUACAUAGCUUAAUAGAAAUGGGUUAACAAUUAAGAGAGAGUUAGCUAGUAAGAAGCCUAAGCCAUUGGCCAAACAGUUUAGAUUUAAUAUAAGUCUCUGUAUGUUUAUUUGGGACUGAAGGGCAGCGGGACCAGGGAGAACAGAAACUCUGACUACAAUUUUCUAUGAAAGCAUUUUUUAAAUUAACUUAACAAAUUUAUGCUCUUCAGCUAGGUGGUGGUUGUGAAUGCCUUUAAUCCCAGCACUCAGAAGGCAAGAAGCAGGCUAAUCUAAGUUUGAGGCAGUGAGUUCCAGAUUGGCCAAGGCUACACAGAGAAAUCCAGCUUUGAAAAACAAAACAAAAACAAAAAUUACCCUCUUUAAUUCUAAGAGGAAAAUAAACUAUGUUUGUGCUUUUUCCUCCUUUAAUAAAAAGAUUAAUAAAAAUUAUUGUGCAGCUCUAAAAACAUCAACUUUCCCUUCACUCCUUGAUUUUGUAAAAUGAGCUUUCCUGCUGCUUGUGCAUUUUUCCUCCCAUAGUUUUUGUCGAGACCAUUGCUAGAGAUGCACUUAGCUUUUAAAAACAUAGUUACUUGUACUCCAUUUGAUUAGUAACAUUUAGCCAUUAGUAUUGUUCCUUUAGAAGUUCUGUUUCUGGAUCGUAGGUACUUCCUGCCAUGGGGAGGACAGCAUGAUUUGUUCCACCAACAGCUUGUGGGAGGGAGUGGUCAGUGUCAUCUCUGGGCCAAGCCUUUCCUGGAUAAGAGGGCAAGGUUCUCUAGGUUUGCUUUGUUUUUUUGUUUGGGUUACACGGGCCAGAAGCACUCAAAAUGAGCCAUGGAUGGGGAAAUAUAGGACAGAGUUACCAAAUCACAUACACAGUGGGAGAGAGACAUAAAACUUUUUACUUGGACUGGAGGAUAGGUGAGCGGGUAAAAGCCCACACUGCUCUUGCAGAGGACCCAAGUUCAGUUUCUAGUAGUUUCAAACACCCACACCAGGCAUCUCACAACCACUUGGAACCCCGGCUUUGACCUCAGAGGAUACUUGCACUCACACAUUCAGACAACCCCCACAACAUUCAAAUAAAACCAACCAACCUCUAUACCACUUUAAGCCACUAAUAUCUUGGAAUUGUUAUUAAGUGUAACUGAAAAUUUCCUGACCAGAGCUGGGCACAUAAAACAUAGACCUGCACUGUCCAACGUUGGUAUUGAAAGUGCUAUAUAUUUUGAUCUAUCUCUUUGUUUCUUUUUGUCCUUGUUGCUGGUUCUGGAGAUUGAAUCUAGGGCCUCGUGCAUACUAGGAGUGUGCUCUACCACUGCAAGGCUAUAUCCUUAGCCCUUAAACUUCAAUUCAAGGGAUUAAAUCUAAAACACCAGCCCUUCAGUCUCACAUUUCCGGGGCACAGUAGUCACAUGGCUAAUGCCCCCCCCCCACCAAUGACGUACAGUUCCAUUGCCUUUGGAAGUUCUGUGGGAUAACACUGGCAGUGUCAGGGCUUUUAUGAAAGUUGAUAAUGUCUCCUACUAACAAAUCUUAAUGUUUUAGGGACAUGCAUCUAACAACACCUUAGAGUUACUCUUUAAACUUUCACUGUUUUGAAAGUAAGCUCUCUGGGAGAAAGCGAUGGUGCUUGUCUUCGAGAAGGAAACCUAUCAUCCCAAGCAAUUAGGUUCCCUAGAACCAAACAACUCAAGAAGGACUUUUGCUGAAGGUGACAUGACAUCUUUUUGUUCCUCUUGAUACCUUUCGUAAGCCAUUCUUAUUUUAGUCCAUCUCCUCAGAGCCUCCAAGCCUCAUAUUUUGUACUUCUAACUCUUCUCUGUCUCUAGAGAGUCAACAUGUACUGAGAAGAUCUGAUGUAUGCAGUAUUGAGUUAACUGGUUUAUUAUCAGUAUUGUGAGUAUUGUCACUGGAUAUUACCAGAAGUGGGAGUCCAAAACUAACUAGAUAUAAAAAUAUUCAUCCAAAUCUAUUUAUUGAUUCAUUCAACAAUCUGAGAACUAGAAACACAAAAUAGUUAACAUUCUUUUCAAGGAGACUUGUUCUGGCAGCACAUAUGUUAAAACUGAAAUAUAGAGAAGAUUAUGAAAGAAAA